AUGGCUACAACUAAAAAACCGUUGCGUCGCUCGAGCAAAAAGGAAAAAAAUACUAAAGACUUGAAGGAAGCCGAAUCGGGUACACCCUUGCGUACGAUGGAGAGCAUUAACGAUUCGAAUCAUAUAUUUUUCUCACAGGACGAUUUCGAAAGCUGGUAUGAAGAAUUAUGGUCCGCCUCGGAAACUAAGCAAAAAUCUGUAAUCCAGUUGUCACGCACCUCUCUACUCAUACUGGACUAUUUUCAAUUCAAAGCUGCGCGUACAAUUCAAAAACACCUUCGACGCUGGUAUUAUCAACGCAUCUAUCAGCGUAAACGCAGCGCCGCCAUACGCAUACAAUAUGAAUGGCGUAAAUUCUACAAAAAACGCACGAUCUAUCUUAAACUGGAACAAGAAACCCAAGAGGCAGCAGAGAAGUUCUACUUUCGACAAGCCCAAAAGAUACAAGCACUCUGGCGCGGUUGGUACAUACGUCAGUACGUACACGAUCACAAUCAGCUGCUGAAGUCGCAAGUGCUUACCGCAGAGGAUCUCUUGCAAUGCGUCGCUUUCAAGUUGCAUCAUAUGUUGCGCACCUAUCAAAUACCGGGUGUCUACUCAUUGAGGAAUUCACACUGCCUAUCUAAAGUCGAGAAACUACUCGCCGCCAUGUCUUUUAAACAACACAACAUCUACGUACGCCAAUUGCGCACUUAUCUGGAGAAACGCUCCAACAAUGCGCGCAAAAAGUUCGAAGACUCUGCUUAUAGUACAGUUGUACCAUAUGCUGGUCCAAAUGUUCACGGACACUGUGAACCGAAAUGUACUGCCCUUUUUAAGGCUAAAGAUAUGGAUCGUCGCAUGUAUGAGAUAUUGAAUAUGUAUGAAGAAGCAGCCAAAGCAGGCGUUCAAAAACAACGAAAGCAUAGUGGUUCGAGGCAUAUGGAGAAAAGUGGUCGUAAGUAUAUGUAUCCUGGACAACGUAAACAAAAGCAACCACAAAAUAAAACCGACUUUUGUGAGGAUAUUGUGAAUAGCAUGAAACGUUGGCGCAUUUUGAAAGACAAUAAUGUCACAGUAGAUCCAAAUAUAUUUCGACGUCCAGAUAAGUUGGAAAAUUUUCUACGCGAAAUCGAAUCGAUUCACAGUUUGAUGCAAGACCGUUGUCAUUGCCGCAUUAAAAGUGCAGAAGAGCUAUGCCGCUGAAGUUUAACCAAAAAAAAAAAAAAAAACAACAAUCACAACUGCAAAGUAGCAAAUGGCGGGCAAGAAAUUGGAAAUGCAAGCGUACUGCAAGAAACAAAGCAAUGGAAUUGCAG